CACAUCAAAGAAAGCUGUCAUCGACUCGUCUCGUCCGCUCAUUCAUUCGACCUCCUGCAGGUAGUCCUUGACCUCGGCAGGCGUGAGGACUUUGAACUUCCUGUCCUCGCCCACGACGCCGAUCUCGAUGGCCUCCUCGUCCAUCACGCCGUCGAAACUCUCCUUGAGCGUCAGGAUCGCCGUGUGAAUGGCGUCCUCCAACUCCAUGUCGUCAUUGUACCUGAUGAGAUGAUGAGGGACAACACAGCACAGACAGGCCAGCCAGGCCGUUGUUGUGUGUUGCAAUGCAUGGGCGUGUCGAGCGAGUGGAUAGGUGGGUGGGUGUGUGGGUGGGGUGGCACUGCACUGACCGUUUCUCGAGGAAUGUCUUUGCGUUGAUGUAGUUCUUGCCGCAGGCCGUGGCCUUCCAGGGGAAGUAGGCCCCUGACGGGUCGACCUGGAACAGAUGCGGGCCCUCGUGGUCAUACCUACGUGACAUGACCACCAUACCAUGCACACACGCACAGACGAAGAGCGAAUGGUGGGAGGGAGGGAUGGGGGCACUGAUGUGUGACUGACUGACUGACUGACUGACUGACCCAGCGACGAGAAGUGAAAUUCCGAAGGGCCUGACGCCUCCCUCCUGGGUGUACUCCUGCAUGACCUCGGCGCAGUCCCGCGAUAUGAUGCCGAUGGGAAUCUCCUCCUCAUACCGCAAGUGAUACAACGACGCCUGCACACACACACACCAGACACAACAGAGUGAGUAUCCUCACUCACUCUCGAUCACCUCACAUGCACUCACUGCACUCACUGCUGUGCUGUGCUGAUCCACCCACCCUGUUUGUUACCUGUUUUCUGCCCCUGGAAACGAGCACACGGAAGUCUGGUCCCAUGCCUGAGAAGGUGCAUCCGACGUUGGUGAAGAGGGGCUCCACCUUGCGGAUGGUGCUCGUGUCGCACAGCUUGUCCUUGACCUUCUUGUCCACCGCUAUCACCACACCGUUCUUCGCCUUGACGCCCACCGACAGCGUCCCCGCCCCCACCGCAGCCAGGGCGUUCUCCACAGCCACAAGCUUGCCGCUCGGGGCGAAGGUCGUAAGGGAGAACGAGUAGUCGCUGUCACCCAUGAUGGCUCAACGGGACGAGGCAAUUAACGAUGCAAACACGCCUGUGACGUCUGCCGCUGUGCAGCAAGGCCUCGCAAGACGCUCGAGAUUCCAGAUCUCCCACAACGCC